AUGGCGGAUUCUUCAGUUCAGUACGUUAAUAUUCUAGAAUUAAAAGUGAAUUCAAAUCAUGAAUUGCAUCAGUUUCAAAUGUGUAAAAAAGUUGGAGAAAUUUUAGAUGAACUUAUUCCAGAUUCAGAACUUCGAAAUGUUUCAGGACUAAUUUUCUUGGGAAAUCGCUUACCCGAAGAGAUGUUUCUUAAUGAAGUGAAAGAUCUAAAAGCCGGCUAUACUGUACACUUGGUGAUUUCUAGUUUUCCUGAAAAAAAAGCUGAAUUAAACUUGAGAAAACUCAAAGCUUGUCGUAAUGAACUCGCACAGCUCGCGGUUUGGAGCUGGUCUGAUGUUCGAGUGGCUUCAAUGCAAGUAUAUAACAAAAGUAAUUUGCAAGAAAUAAUCAUUAAUAAAUUUCCGUCUAUAAGGACAGAUCCAGUCGCUUUGAUUAUCGCUACCGAUUUAGUUCUUACUCUUUGUUACUUUUCCAAUGAAAUAAAUGACGAUUUUUUCAUUGAACAUCCGCUUUUGGUGGACGCUGUGCAUUAUAUACUUUUCUUUUUGUUCAUAAACGAAUCUUUAAAAAUUGACAGCUCGGCUGUUAGUUUCGUCGAUACAUUCCCAGUUUCUUCAGAUGCUUUUCAAGAGGAAAGUACUUAUUAUGAUUUGUUACGAAGUUAUGGAUAUGUUAUGAAUACUUCUGGGCAUCAGGUAACGUGGAAUUUACCUAACAUUUUUCGCGAAGCACAGCAGAUCAUCGAUGCUGCAGAGCUUUAUGCAGAUCAAAACCAAAUGCUUGUUGAUUUCGGUUUCACAGAUACCGAGCGGAAUCUGCGGAUCUUAUCGCAAACCAAUGGUAAUGUCGAAGAAGCAUUAGAAAUCAUUGUCAAUGAAAUUCAAGGCGAAUGA